UACACAGCAAACGGCAACGUCAGCGGGCGUUUUUGAAAAUCAAAAUUUAUACUCGUUAAUAAGAACAAAAUAAAUUACGAAAUUUACAAUAAAUAAAGUGUUUCAAAAUACAAAAAUAAACAAAAAUUCUAAAAUAUGGAAAAUUUAUAAAAAAUUAAACAAAAUUUUAAAAAAUAACAAAUAAAUUUAUAAAAAUGCAGUGAAUUGUUUAUAAAAAAAGAAAAAAAAAUACCAAGAAAGUUAGGGACCAAUUUUUAGUUGUUAUUAAUAAAAUAUAAAUAAAAUUUUAUUUAAAAAAAAAGUUAUAAUUUAAUAAAUAUCAAAAUGUUUACUACACCAAGAAAACAAAAACAUCAUCAACAAAAUUCUAGCAUGGAUGCUAUCGAAUACAAUAAUUCCCCUCAGCACAAGAGUCUAAUAAAUAUAAAUGCAAACACCCCCAUACCAACUACAUCCACGACUAUAGUAUUUGAAAAUGGCACUAUGUUUGGUGCCAUCUCCAAUGAUACAACAACGACUACAAGCAACUCUGCUAAAUUAAGCGGAACAUUAUCGGAUAAUACAACAACAGCAACAACAACAUAUCUAACAAUACCGGAAAUAGUGAUUAGUGCUAGCUGUAGCUCAAAUAGUCUCAAUCGUAGUCGCUGUGAAAUCUCGCAGGCAAAUAGCGAAGAAAGUCCUAUCGAAAGUACUGCCCUGCUAGAGGCCACAACAAAUUCAGCUGGCAGCAAUGAUUGUCACGAUGAGCCAGCAGUUUUACAAGAUGAAUUUGAACAAUUUAUCUUAAAUCGCACAACAUCCGAAAGCAACAUUUUAGAAUCCAGCAUUUACAGUGAACUACAAUUUCCACCCUCUCUGCAUGGUGGUAGUAUCGUUGCCAUUAACACCAGCAAUGUUGGCGGUGGUGGUGGUUAUGUGAGUGGCAGUGGCGGGCCCACUGUUGCUACACAAAUGGCCGGACCACAAACACCCCCCAAUUCGCGACAAACCAAACGUACGAAACGCAAACACAAAACAAAAUCCAAAUGUACGGCUACAGCAGCAACUUUGGCAGCAGCCGCCAGCCAACGUGCAUCACCCACUCAUUAUCCUCCACGUUAUACAGCCAUUUUUAUGGAUGCCCAUCAUCAUGCCAAUCAAUAUGGCAAUGUUAUGACCACAAACCAACAUCAUAGUGGUGGAGGCGCUGCCAAUGCAUUGGGACAAAUUGCAAGUGCGGCAGCGUCAUCGCCCUUUUUAAAUGCACCUGUUGCAACGGAUACUGCUGCAUACAUGCAACAAUUUCAAUAUUUCCAACAGAGACCCAUGGUCACCACCAUGGCUCCGAUGGCCGGUCAUCAUAGACAUCAUAGAUCUUUGUUUGAUGGUGCCACAACAACUGCUGGUAUUGAAAAUCCCUUAAACUUGCACACCACCAACGCGACUGCAGCAGUCGUGCCAGCUGGAGGUGGUAUUACACCACCUAUACGUUUGAGUUUUCGCAAAUGGUUUUCCCGGCCCUCAUUACCCUUUGUCAUUGGUAUUUUGGCGUUGGGCGGUGUAGCCUGUACAUUGGGUGGCAUUGUAUUGGGUUCGACCGGCCUCAUCGAACACUCGACACAGUAUCUAAGUGCUGCUCUAUUGAUGAUUGGUAUUGGUGUUUCGUUGCUGGUAAUAUCUGGGGCAAUAUGGCGCUUGAGUUUACCCGAUGAUGUUGAUGAAUGCCCUUGCUACAGACACAUGGAAAUGUGUAGAAAUUGUAAUAGUCCGUAUUGUAAUAGUCGUCUGAUGGGUAGUAAUUAUUUAUAUCCAGAGUUUCAACAUCGGCCACCACCACCCUCCUAUUUAACCUCAUUAAAUGAAUGUGCUGGCAUGAGUUUGCUGUUUCAUCCGACAGCAGCCGCACCACAAGCAGCCACCUACAGUACAUUACGUGUGAAUACACCGCCUCCUCUAUACAGAUCCACAAAUUCGCUAAGUGUUUAUGGUUCUCCUCCACCUGUGGCACAUCUGCUUAAUAGUUCAGGACCCGCUGCCACCACAAUAGUUCCUAAUUUAUCAGCCAGCUCUGUGGGCAUUGUGCCGGAUCACAGUGUCAUUGCAAUGAGUACAGUCAUGGAGAAUUUACAAGCCCAGACACAACCCUUAAUUAAAGAGUUUAAUUAUUUAGAGCUGGAUUAAUAUUUAGAUGUAGAUUUAUUUAAUUUAAUUUUUGAACCAAAUUGACUGAUUUUAUUACUAAAAAAACUAAAAAAAAUUAUAUAUUUUU